GUAUUUACGGUUGCCUAGCCAGUCGCGUAUUUCCCCAGGGGUGCAGGCGGCUGCGAAGGUGCGCCUAGGCGGUUAUCGCUGCUACUAUAGGUAGCUCGGGCCUUCCUGCCCCGGCGCCGUUACCCCAGGUAGUAACCGGCGGUGGCUCGGCCCUCGGUAAGCCUCGUGCCCGGGAGUUGGCUGUUCGCGCUUAUAUGGCUUAUUGGGGAUGAAUGGAUGAUCGGCUGGCGUGAGGGAGCCCCUGAUAGGCAGCCAGCCCCGCUCGACGACGGAUGCGAUGGAAGACUUUAACGAUGGUAUGGACGGGAAACUGGCGAGCAGGAUGCGGAAAGUCAAUUACGAUCAGUUCCAUACCCUCGUCAAGAUGCACUUGUCCUUCGAGCUGGAUCUCAAUACCGAGGAAAACGAUAUGGUAGCGGAGAAAGCGAAACUUAGGAAAUGGAGUAUACCACAUUUCUCAAAGAAAUUUAAGUCGACGCCAAUUUUACAGAAGGGACCAGAGGGAGCAGCUUUGACGAAGGAAGGAAUCAAUCAAGUGAAACAGUUGGUAGAAUAUUUAUCCAAAGAACACUGUAUUAUUCAGGAAGGUAUUUUUAGGCGCACUGGAAAACUUACGAGGCAACAGGAAUUAAAGAAUGCAUUAUAUCAGGGCUUACGGCUUGAUCUCGACGAAGGGAGGUUUAGCGUUCACGACUACGCAUCUGUUUUGAAAGGAUUUUUAGCCGACCUCCCAGAGCCACUGUUAACCGAUCUUCAUUAUCCUGCUCACUGCCAAAUAGCUGAAUUGAGUAGUUCCAGCAGCAAUGGCAACGACUGUAGACUCUUAAGAUCUCUUCAGUUACUUUUACUUCUCCUGCCACCACCAAAUAGAAUUGUAUUGAAGCACAUUCUCCAUCUUCUAAAUAAGACUGCGGCACAUGAAAAUAGUAAUAAAAUGAACUGUGAUACUCUUGCAACUCUGUUUACUCCGCACUUGCUGUGCCCAAGGAAGCUCUCUCCAGAGGCACUCCACGUGAACUCGCAGAACUUGUCUGGAUUAGUUGCCUUCAUGAUUAAGACGGGAAAUAAUCUUUUCGAUAUUCCGCCAAAGCUAUCGACCGACAUAAGAGCGUUUUGGAUAGAACAGGAAAAGAAGUUAUUAAGUCCUCAAAAAGCCGACCCGAACGAGUCAACGACGGAUGCGACUGACACGGCCCACACCGUCUUCAGUUUCGUCGAUCGUAACUUGACGGCGAAGGCCACCGCGGCUCAGGACACGCAGGCGGCCCUGGCCCAGCUCUACGCCCACAUACAGUCGAUGCCGGAAUCGGCCAAGAAGCGCCGGCUAGUCAAGCAGUUCAACAAGGAGAACGGCCAGGGCACGCCACGCCACGUCAAGAACAGCGCAGCCUCCAAGAGCUUCGGCGACUCCAUAAAGAAGCGCAUCUUCCAGAAGAAGCUUCUCAAUCACAAGAAGAUCAUUGACGUUAAACUCGGGUGCAACUUCAGCAGGUCGAGCAGUGAGGAGAAUAUCAUAUCGAGCGAAACAAUGAUGACGCCAAGAUCUCGGAAACCAGUCAUAAUGAUUUCUGCCUCGAAUCUCUGUGGUCUCGCCACCUUAAACGACUGCUCAAUGCAAUAUAAUUCAACCAGCAGCUUACAGACUCCGAAUUUCGAUUUCAUCAAUAGGAAUAGUUGUGCUUCCAUUCUUGAAGAAUCACCGCUAACCUCGAGCUCGGAUUUCAUUGCAAAUUCAAAUGCCGGUGAAAAUAAAGAAAAUAUUGAAAAAGUCGAUGCCCUUCCGGUGCUUCGACAAGGCUCGCCCGCGUGCUUGGACGACGAUAUGCACGGUAGUACGAUGCAAAAAAGUACGAUCGUCUCGACGACCAAUACUUUUAAGGAGUACUAUUUGUCGAGGAGCGUCCUGACCGCCAGUCCGGUGGAUCUGAGUUUUACGUCGAGGACUGGUGACUUCGAGCAGUCCGAAUCCGACUUAAAUAUCUUGGCCGAAGAGGGGAACAAUCCAAGUUCGGAUACCUCGGGAAUAGCGUCGGGGAGUACGAAUAGCAUGAACAAUUCGACGGAGAAGGUGGACGAGGCGAUAACGUCACCGAGGAAACGUUGCACAAGCCUACAGCGCAACGACUCCAAGCGCUCGAUAAAAGACGAUUUAAUUUGCGAUAAAUUAAAAAUGAACAAUAAGAUCUUGAAGCAAAAGCAGCUUAGCGAGUCCAUAUUGAGUUCUAUUAAAGUUAAAGAUUCUCUUCCAGAAACGUCAUUUUGAUAUAAUUUUAUGCAUGGAGAAUGAUGACGAUCUAAUGACUAAUGACGAUUUAUUGUGAAUGUUACAUUUGCCACUUUUAUAUAUUAAGCAUAUCAAAAUUGUUUAGAUAUGUCUUUACUCCUCGUUUCUCGUUAUUAAAAAGUAAAAGAAAAAGAAAAAAUUUUCUUACCAUUAAGUCAUAAUAAUCGUUAAGCGUGUAAAAAAUCUGUCUUGCUAUGU